UUUUUAAAAUGUCUGAUCACUCAAAUCAUCAUGGAAGAAAAAGAAGUAGAAAUGCGGAAAAUUGGGAACAAAACGUUCGGAAAGAAAAGCGUAACAAGGGAGAAGAAUAUAUAUCUACUUCAAGUAAAGCGGUUGAUGCAAAAACGUUUAAAAAAGUCGAUUCCUGUUGUCAGCGCUUAAAAUGUUAUGAGAAAAUUAACGUUUCAGAUCAACAAAAAUUUUACUCAAAUUUUUGGGAACUAGCCAAUUAUGACAAACAAAAUGUUUUAUUGAGUACAGUAAUGAAGUGUAGCGAUCCCAUAUUAAUAAAUAAAAAUUCUGCAAAACCGAGAUUAAUUCGUUGGAACUUCGAAUUAUUGCACGAGAGCAAAAAUAUUCCAAUUUGCCAAAAAUUUCUUUGCGAAGUACUCAAUAUAGGAAUAAAAAGAAUACGGACUGUGCAAAAUAAAAUUUUAAACAAAGAUACUGUGUGCGAUCUUCGAGGAAAACAUGGUAAUCAUGUAGUAAAAUUAAAUGAAGAUUUAAAAGAGUUGAUUGAAAUCCAUUGCAUAAGUAUACCUCAUAGAUCAUCUCACUACAGAAGAGAAAACACUGGUUUAAAGUAUUUUGAAAAUUCGGAAUUAACUUUGGAUUUACUCUAUGAUUUGUUCGUUGAAUUUUAUAAAAGUGUCACGCAAAAAGAUGAAAUACCUCUAAACAGAUCGACGUACGCGAAAUAUUUUAACCACAAUUUGCCAUUUUCUUUUAGACUUCCUCGCACGGAUGUUUGUAAUUUAUGUUACAAAAGUGAAACAAAUACUAAUGAAAAUGAGAAUUAUGUUGAACAUAAACAAAAAGCCAACGAUUAUUUAACUUUAAAAAAUCGGUAUUUAUCAGAAACAAACGUUUUGUGUUGUGAGUUUGAUUACGCGCAAAAUUUACCGUUGCCAAAGAUUCCCGUAAAUGAUCAAUUUUAUAAACGUUUAGUUUGGCUUUAUUUGUUUAAUGUUCACAUACAUAAUUCAGAAAGCAGCUAUAUGUAUCCCUUUUUUGAAGGAAUCACAAAAAAAGGAGCAAAUACGGUUUGCAGCUUCCUUUAUGAUAGCGUGAAGAAAGAAUUUGAUGCAGAAAAUCAUAAAAAAAUAUAUUUUUUUUCUGAUGCGGCUCCUGGGCAAAAUCGUAAUUAUACAGUGCUUACUUUCUGCUUUCUUUUGUCAAUGGAAUUAAAUGUCGAGAUUUUACAUAUAUUUCCUGUUCGCUGACACUCCUACUGCCAAUGUGACCGUAAUUUCGGCAUGUAUGCUAAGAAAAAGAAAAAACUCGAGCGCAUUGAAACCUUUGAUGAUUAUUGCGCUUUAAUUAAAAACGCAAGAAA